AUGGGCAAAGUACACGGAUCGCUAGCGCGAGCAGGCAAAGUCAAAUCGCAAACGCCAAAGGUCGAGCCUCAGGAAAAGAAGAAGAAGCUCACUGGCCGAGCGAAGAAGCGUAUCCUCUACAACCGCAGGUUCGUCAAUGCUGUCACCGGACCGGGCGGCAAGAGGAGAAUGAACCCCAACCCGGAAGGCAAGAGCGGAUAG